ACUCGACGAGAGCAAUCAUCCUAUAUUGGUAACACAAAGUCUCUCCCGCGAACGAUGGCCUGUCGCUGGGGGUGGGCAGCACCGCCUGAGUGAACAUGAAGCCCCAUCCAUCCCAAGCUGUCCGUCUAUCAUGGGAGGAUGGAGCAGCUGCACCUAUCCUGGGCUGUAUAAAGAUAUAAAAACCCGGCCGCAUAGAGCACCUAUUUGUUGCCGAUCGACCAGCAGCCCCCCGUAAUAUCUCAGUACUUAACACUACGGCCGAGGCUACCGCAUCGUUGCCAUAUUGCUGUUGUAAUUGUCAUUGAUGUUUAUAUUACUAUUUUUAUUCCCGCCCUUCGUAAGAACUGAGCCACUCGAGCGUUCUCCCCCAUGCCUUCUUCGAAACCUAAGCCGUCCGAGGUCGCCGCGGAGACGAAGCGACAUUACAUACCGUCCAUCAAGAACGAAUAUGCGCACCAAUGGCCGACACACUCGUACUUAUUCCAGCAGCCGCUCCAGCAGAUUCCAUUGCAGAGCUCCGUCAGCGGGUUCGCCCCGUCGCCUCCGGAAUUCUACAUCUGUUCGGGGGAUCCCGUCGACUUUACUAUUAACUGGAAGGAGAAGGUGAACAUCCGGAUACCGUUCAUAUGCGCCGCAAAUGACAAGAGGGCCGGCGGGGACUGGGAAACUGGAGUAGUGGGGUACGAAGAGCGCUUGUGCAGGCGCAGCACCCUCUCGGCUACCUUGAGCACGCCCGGCCCAGGGUCCGAGGUCCAGAGCAACUACCCCAUCCCAUCCGAGGGCGGCAUAUACUCGGAGUUUGUCGUCGUCUUCCGCGGGCCGCACGACCAGUACAAGAAGCUCGACCAGUGGUACGACCUGCCGGUCAUCUCCAUGCCGGCGGCGCGGUGGCCGAAGCUGAGCCACGGCGGCUCCAAGUACGCGUUCCCGCUCGAGCGCGAGAUGGUCAAGAACAAGCUACGCGCGGCCCUGCGGAUCUGCGUGUACUACGAUCACCGGACCGUCGUCAUCGGCGACUUCGGCCUCGGCAACGGCCACCGCAACCCACCGCGCGAGCUCGCCGAGCUCUGGCGAGAGGUCUUCCUCUACGACCCAGACACCCGCGGCCGCUUCGACCACGUCGCGUUUGUCUUCGAGGACCAGUACCAGAGCACAGCGAAGCUCAUCCUCGACGACAUCGCCAAGAAGAGUAAAGGUGGCAGCUCUAAGGGGAGCAAGUCUUCUUCUUCGUCGUCGAAGCCCUUCGCCUCCGGCUCCUCGAGCUCGAGCGCCGGCGGUAGCGGCCCGGUCCCUAGCGACUUCGAGAUCUUCUCCGCCGUCUUCGACCCCAGCGAGAUUCAAAAUGUCCUCGGCCGGCCGGAUCCUAGGUACGGCAUUUCUAUGCUUACGUCAUGAAUGGAUGGAAUGGCCAGGGGAGGGUUGCCGGGGUUGUCAGGGAAGAGACGUGAGAGCGUUGUCGUACGCGAUUACACGACAUGAAGUGCCAUACGAACAUGGGGCCAAACUAAAAACCCAGUGAUUCGGCCCUCUUUCAGAGGCUAGCUACAUGGAACGAGACUAACAUAAUUUUUCUUUUGUCCAACUUACAAAGAAGACGUCCCUUCU